CCAUUGAUAUACUGCACAAUUCUCUCUGAAGUCUCAACCCUCCCCCAGGAGACUGAACUGAUUAGCUGGGGAUUGAUCAUCUAUAGCACUCAUGGCUGCAAAUCAUAAAAUCGGUAGAGAUCAUACAGCUAUUGAUAUUCGCAAUGAGAAAUGCAAGAAAUGCAUCUUCAGAGUUCCUAACGUGCUCCGGAGACAAAACCCAGAAGCAUAUACACCUGACGUUGUUUCAAUCGGACCUUUUCACCAUGAUCCAGAAACUCGAGCCAAGGAGGAAGGUAAAGGAGGCAAGGAAGGCAUACGCGAGAAAGAUUUCCAACUCAUCGAACGAGUGAAACAGAGCUAUUUGAAUGAAAUUCUUGUAGGCAUGAAUAUUACAACUUUGGAAGGAUUGACCGCAGAAGUCAUUAAGCUCUCAGAUCAAAAGAGCGAUCGCGAAGGCGGAUUUGAGCAACGCGCGCGAGAGUUCUAUGCAGAAUCACUCGAUCAUAUUCCUUCUAAAGACUUCACCGAGAUAAUGAUAGUUGACGGUUGUUUCCUACUUCAACUAUUUCGAAAAUUUAACCAUCCCGAUCUCAGGGCCUUUGAUGACCUAGUGUUCAACAUGGACUGCAUGUUCCAUUUUCUAUGCCAUGACAUUUUGCUCCUUGAGAAUCAACUACCUUGGUUUGUCAUCCACAGUUUGUAUAACCUUACCCACAAAUUGUACCCUAGUGAAGACUCCCUCUCUACUCUCAUCCUUGAAGCCUUCAGCACACUACCUUCACUUAAGCAAAGUUGCUCAUCCUAUAAAAAUCAUCUUCACAGAGACAAGUUUCAUUUUGAAGGUCGUUUUCUUCACAUACUUGAUCUGUUAAGAUCUUCGAUAGUUAUUCCAUUGAGGACCAUAGAAAAGAGAGAUCUUAAAGACGCUGGUAAAGAAGGUAUAUCCAACGGCCCAGCUGAAGAGCAUCAAGUGCGCAGUGGGAGCAGCAAAUACAAGAGAGACGAUAAAGAUAUUCAUGGAGCUAUAUUUGACCCUGAUCUACAUCAAAUUCGUACCGCAACUGAUCUCUCAAAGGCAGACAUUAAAUUCGAAAGCGUCACAAGGGAGAGCAUAAUGGACAUUCGAUUCGAAGAAGGCCGGUUUUGCAGGAACGGGAUUCUUAAGAUUCCAAAGCUAAACAUUGGAAUGUCAUCGGAAACAUUAUUCAGGAACUUCAUCGCAAUCGAGCAAUGCUACCAUGAUUAUCUCAACGAAAUCACAUCCUAUGCCAUCUUGAUGGAUAACCUUAUCUCUUCCCAGGAUGACAUGGAUUUACUCUGUAAGAAAAAAGUGAUAGGCAACUGGAUGAGUGAUGAAGAUGGCUGUAAGUUUUUCAGCAACCUCUACAAGGACAUCCCGCACAACAAGUUCUACUAUGUUGGUCUGUGCAAACAGGUGAAUGAUUGUUACAGUUCGAAAUGGUAUACAUGGCUGGCUUUACUCAAGAGUGAGAAAUUCUCUAACCCCUGGAGAAUUUUGGCUUUCGGGAUAGGUAUUUUCAUUUUGAUUCUCACAGCGUGGAGUCAGUCAAACAACAUUCGGGUUAAUAUGCAUAAGUGGUGAAGUUAUGCUAGCUAGCUAUUUAUUCAGAAUUGUCUACGUUUCUCUCUUCCUUUGUGUGUGGUUGUUGUAUGUAUUUGAGAUAUUUGAAUGUGCCUCUUAUAUAUAUGUCAUUUGUCU